GCCCACAAAUUUCAGUCGGUACUCAACCUUUCUCAAAAGUAAAUCACACUAACGUGCGGAGAAGUGCGCGAGGUUGGAAAAAAUUGUGGUUAGUUCUGUUUGGCAGAUUGUCGAUUAAUAUAGAUAUUGAACUGACAAUUAGGUCUAAAAACAAUCAUGAACGGAUUACUAAAAGUAUCAACUAUUUUAGCGAAAAAUUUCCCAACCACGACACUGAAUAAAUUAGGUUUACCUCUAAUUGCAAGCCGUCAAUUACACUAUGGACCGGACACGAAAUACGCAAAGUCUUCGGAUGGUGUUGCGAAGAACUAUCCAUUGAUUGACCAUACUUACGAUGCGGUUGUCGUUGGCGCCGGUGGAGCAGGUCUUCGGGCAGCUUACGGCCUCGUCGCGGAGGGUUUUAAAACCGCUGUCAUCACAAAAUUAUUCCCAACGAGGUCACACACAGUGGCCGCUCAGGGUGGAAUUAAUGCCGCUCUCGGCAAUAUGGAGGAGGACAAUUGGCAGUGGCACAUGUACGACACUGUUAAAGGAUCCGAUUGGCUCGGCGAUCAGGAUGCCAUUCAUUACAUGACCCGCGAAGCGCCCAAGGCCGUCAUUGAACUCGAAAAUUGUGGCAUGCCCUUCAGCAGAACAACCGAUGGAAAAAUUUACCAAAGAGCUUUCGGUGGACAAUCGUUGAAAUUCGGAAAAGGAGGACAAGCUCAUAGAUGUUGUUGCGUUGCCGAUAGAACGGGACAUUCUCUACUUCAUACGCUUUAUGGACAAUCAUUGAGCUACGAUUGUAAUUAUUUUGUUGAAUAUUUUGCACUGGAUUUGCUCAUGGAAGAUGGAGAAUGUCGUGGUGUUAUUGCACUUUGCUUAGAAGAUGGUUCACUUCAUCGAUUCCACGCGAAGAAUACAGUGUUGGCAACUGGCGGUUAUGGUAGGGCCUACUUCUCUUGUACUUCCGCUCAUACUUGCACUGGCGAUGGCACGGCAAUGGUGUCCAGGGCGAAUUUACCCAAUCAGGACCUUGAAUUUGUUCAAUUUCAUCCCACAGGAAUUUAUGGAGCUGGUUGCCUUAUCACAGAGGGAAGCCGAGGAGAAGGCGGAUAUUUAAUAAAUAGCGAAGGAGAAAGAUUUAUGGAAAGAUAUGCACCAGUUGCCAAAGAUCUUGCAUCUCGAGACGUUGUUUCCAGAUCAAUGACAAUUGAAAUCCGAGAAGGAAGAGGUGUUGGUCCUGAAAAAGAUCACAUUUAUCUGCAACUUCAUCAUCUGCCACCAGAACAAUUGCACGCAAGAUUACCUGGUAUUUCUGAGACAGCAAUGAUUUUCGCCGGUGUGGACGUAACACGUGAACCGAUUCCAGUUUUGCCAACUGUUCAUUAUAAUAUGGGCGGUGUUCCAACAAAUUAUAAAGGACAAGUUCUUACGAAUCAAAAUAAUCAAGACAAAGUAGUUCCUGGACUUUAUGCUUGCGGUGAAUCUGCGUGUGCUUCCGUUCAUGGAGCCAAUCGUCUUGGUGCAAAUUCACUUUUGGAUCUUGUUGUAUUUGGGCGAGCGUGUGCAAAAACAAUUUCUCGUGAAAAUAAACCUGGCGAAAAAAUUGGAAGACUGAGUCCGAACGCGGGAGAAGCUUCUGUCGCCAAUUUAGACGCAAUAAGAAACGCGAAUGGAUCUAUUACAACAGCAGAAUUAAGAUUAAAUAUGCAGAAAACCAUGCAAACACACGCUGCUGUUUUCCGAGAAGAGCAAACACUUCAAGAAGGUUGCAAAAAGAUGAGUGAUUUAUAUAAGAAAAUGGACCAAGUAAAAGUUGCCGAUCGAUCUCUUAUUUGGAAUUCCGAUUUAAUUGAAACAUUGGAGCUUCAAAAUCUCAUGAUAAACGCAGUGCAGACAAUAACGGCAGCUGAAAAUCGAAAGGAAAGUCGUGGAGCUCAUGCAAGGGAGGAUUUCAAACAAAGAAUUGAUGAGUACGAUUAUUCAAAACCUUUGGAAAAUCAACAACCUAAAGGCGUUGAUCAGCACUGGAGAAAACAUACUCUUACACACGUUGAUAUUAGAACCGGUCAAGUGACAAUCGAUUAUAGACCAGUAAUUGAUGAAACGCUUGACUCACAAGAAUGUAAAACAGUACCACCAGCAAUUCGUUCAUAUUAGAAAACUUUGAGGAAUUAUGCAUUAAAAGAAGCAAAAAAAAAAGAAAAGAAAACAAAAUGUUAGUUUAAAAUUUUUCUUACCAGAUUAUCUGGUUAAAUGAUGUGAAUUGUACGUGCGUCGAAUAUCAACUGCAAUGUGAGUCUCGGUUUGAGAACUCCAAUGCGACCCAAUUAUUGCUAACCACACCAAUCAUUUUUCACUAACAAGCAAUGAUCUAAUUUAUUCUCUCGAUUGUAUUUCGUUGUGCACCAAAGUGUAAUUCUUGUCAGUACUUGAAUACGUUUUACGUGAUCAAGCUCAACUUUUUUCUAGGAUGCUGGUGCUGAAUUUCAUUUCAAAAUGAUUGAAAACAAAAAAAUAAAUUGAUUCUUUAAAAAAUGGAAGAAUAAAAGAGCCCAGUCGUUCUCCGAAAUAUUAUGAAGGCUGUAUAAUAUAAGAAUUAAGGAAUUAUACAUAAAAAAAUAAUGUCGAUCUUACUUUACACGCCUUUUAAGGAGAUAUUUAUAUUCCUUUAUAUAUUUUCCAGAUUUUGUUUUGAAAACUUUUAUCGAAUUUUUUAGAAAUUGUU